CGCAUGCGUAACCUAUUCGAAGGCGAACUCCUGAUUCUGACGGCAGAGAAAGAUAGAUGAUCUAUCUACUUGUCGAAUUUCCACAUCUUCGGCAAACUAUCGACCGUACACCAGACAUGUAGGACAACUACAGGGAAUUUAAAACUGGUCAACCAUCAGUCUUGCAAUCUGUCAUGUCUGUGAUUAUAGCUUGGAUAUGAAAGAAUUUGUGGCAAGAAUGAGUAGCAAGAGAAAGAGACAAGUGAACAGCAGAUUGAGACAGGAGGCGAGAAAGAGUGGCAAUUAAGAAACAGAGGAGAGAAAGGAGACAGCACGACAGCGACUAUAUUGAGGAGACUUUGUAUGAGCACAAGGAGAAGAGGGAGAAGGAAGGACAGAAAGAAGAGAGACAAGAGGAUCUAAUAGCUAGUACAUCGUCAUAUGUCUUGGUUUUCAUGGAGACACUGGGUGGUGCUCUUACACUGCAUUUUUCUGGAGAUUCAAACAACCAGCUCUAAGGAGAUAUGUCCUCUCCUUUGCCCACCAGGCUAUCAGACUCCGUACAGUUGUACUAAACUGGAUAAUCCAACGUGUGUUGAGUGUCCAGAUGGAUGGCACAAAUCAGUUGAUGACUUUACAUCCAAUGUAGCGGCAUACUGUGUGGAAAACAAACGUUGUGAUCUACCUAAAUAUUUGGUUACGACUAAUAGAAUUAAUGGUUCAGUCUGCGAUUGUCUGGCGGGAUUUUAUCCUGAUCCAUACGAUUAUCUUCAUCAUUCAUGCAAGCGAUGCUCUUGUUGUGAUGAUUCUGACAGUGAAGUCGAGCAAGCAUGUCAAGGAAAUCCAGAGAUAGGAGCAAACUGCAGAUCUGGAACAAGAUACGUGAACUGUGCAAAGCCCACGUCUACCACUAGCACUAACCAGAUAACCUCUCAAGCUACAACACAGAAUUCAUCAACUGAUGUAGUGACAAACAAAAUUUCAACGAUACUUGACGUGCAGCCUACCACACAUUCUGCAACAAGCAAAGCUGCAAUGAAACAUAACUCACAGCCAACUGCACAUCCUGCACCAAACGUUGGAAGUGGAAACUAUAACAACCUUGUUACUAUCUCUGUUGUUUUGCUGUUGGGGGUUGGCAUCAUUGUCAUAAUCAUUACAUUGAUAUGCUCCGUAUAUUUCAGACUGAAACGCAGAAAACACUGGGAUAGGCAUCUUCAGCAGUAUUCGGUAACAGUUAUGGACCCUGAAGGUGGUCAGCAUAAUGUUGUUUAUGAAUUGCCAAUUGAACUUCGUUCUCAGUUUGACAGUUAUUGUCAGAAGGAUACUCGUGAAAAGUUUAUGGUACAGAUGGAAGACAUGACAGAGUUACAAGCGCCAUCACUGGACGCAAGGAUGGACCAACAAGAGAUAAAAGAAGAACUCGAAGGAGAACCUUCAGACUCAUCUGAUAGAAGACAUCCUGGAGUCAAAGGUUUUUCUGAACGAUCCGUUAGACGAUUUCGUCAUGAGCAAAACAUUCAUUAUCGUUCUGCAUUAUCUGACUUUGACAUGAGGAUGGUAGCCCAGGCAGCUGUUAGAGAAGUUGGUCCAGCGUACGGAAGAAAGAUGAUGAAAGGGUAUCUUCAAGCAGGAGGACUUAGAGUUGGUGACAAACGCAUUGGACGCAUUCUAAGACAUGUUGCUCGUGGAUAUCAUGGAAGGAGGCAGCAACUAGCUCAUCGGCAAAUAAAUCCUGUGCCUUACUACGCUCAAUAUCCUGGACACAAAAUGCAUAUAGAUCAAAAUGAGAAACUUGUUAUGUAUGGAACAACACACGUUCUUGCCAUAGACGGUUACAGUGGUUUUAUUCUUGGUCCAAUUACUAUGCCACAGUUUGGGUUAUGGGACCAGAUUCGCGUUGACCAUGGGAGAGAGUUCUAUCUUCUUCUGUAUGUGCAGGAACACCUAAGUUAUCUAAGACGAAAUCAAAUGAGAGCACCUCAUGUGCAGUCUAUGUCAAGAGAGCUCUUUUGCUUUCUGAAACAGAAUCAUCCUGCUGAAAGAAUUUGGGAAGAAGUCAAUCAAAGAGUGAAUUACCCGAUAAAACAAGCUCUCAAUGCUCUAGUAGAGGUGGACCAGCUGAACAUGAAUGACCCUAUUCUUAGAUUUUGUUUGUCCUGGAUAACAAUGAGAGUGUGUCAAGUCGGAAUUGAACGUUGCGUUCUUGCCUGGAAUAAUCAUUUCAUUCCAAGAAAGGGUAUUCCCAGAGACAGAAUUCAGAUGUCCAUGGCUGUCAGACUUCAAGCACAAGACAUCCCAACUGUAGAUGAUGCUGUUCGAUCAUUUGAAGGAGAGGGAGGAGUUCUAAAUAGACUUUCUGAAUUCGGUACGGACCGCAUCAGAUGCGACCAUGUUCGCCAAGCGAGAUUACAAGCCUUUACGUUGAGAUUUAGUUUUGAUAACAUUUACUCAGAAACAGUCAACGGCCGUUGGCAGCAACUACAUGACUCUUGGCGCUACUAUUAUCACCUUACAACUACAUUCUAA